UUCUUUCCUUCUCGAAAACGUGUUCAUUUUUAUAUCUCCUUUGAGAUUUCUAUUCAUAAUUUAUAUUAAUUUAGCCAUUAUUUGCUAAAUUUUUAAAACUUAACUAUUGUAUAAAUACACUUAUUCACAAUGUCCGACGUUGAAGAAUCCGUAGAGGUUGGUGAAAACGGAGACAUGUUUAAUCUUUUGAAGGAAGUGUUGAAAAAUGCCCAGGUCAACGGCAGUCUUUUGCACGGAAUUCACGAGGGUGCCAAAGCUUUGGAAAAGAAACUUGGAGUGUUAUGCGUGUUGGCCAAUAACUGCGAAGAAGCCAUGUACAAAAAAUUAGUUACUGGAUUAUGUGCCGAGGGUAGUAUUCCUUUAAUCGAAGUAGAUAGCAACAAAACUUUGGGCGAAUGGAGUGGUCUGUGUAAGUAUGACAACAACGGUCAAGCAAGGAAAGUUGUAGGAUGUUCUUGUGUUGUGGUCAAACAUUUCGGAGAUGACACCCAAGAAUUGGAUACUUUGUUAGAGAUAUUAAAGAAAAAGAAUUUUUCAUAGAUCAAUAAACCAAAUCUUUUAAUUGAAA